UCCGGCAGCUCGGUGUCCUGGUUGGUGUAAAACAGCUGCGGAAGCAGGGAGUUAAAGAGUCUGUGCCGUCGUGGGAGCUGGCCGGGCCCCCUGGGAGCGCCCCGGAUUCGAAACAGAGGGCCUCCUUUAAACACACACCUUUUGCUUUCUGUGCUAUGGGAGAUGUCAAAGAAUUAAAAAUGCAGAUAACACCGGAAACUCCAGGAAGGAUCCCUGUUUUAAAUCCUUUUGAAAGCCCAAGUGACUAUUCCAAUCUCCAUGAACAAACUGUUGCCAGUCCUUCUGUUUUUAAAUCUGUAAAAUUGCCAACUCCAGGAGAAUUUAGAUGGUCAAUUGAUCAACUAGCUGUAAUAAAUCCAGUAGAAAUAGACCCAGAAGAAAUUCAUCGUCAAGCCUCAUACUUAAGUCAUUCUCGAAUAGAUAAAGAUGUGGAAGACAAAAGACAAAAAGCCAUUGAAGAGUUUUUCACUAAAGAUGUCAUCGUACCCUCUCCUUGGACUGAACACGAAGGGAAACAGCUCUCAGAAUAUCAUUCCAGUAAUUGUAUUAACAUAAAUAGUGACUCUUCUCCUGGAAGAAAGCUGACCGUUCAUUCUGAAAAAACCAAUGCUGCUUGUCAGACAUUGCUGUCUCUUCCUGUGGACUUUAAUUUAGAAAAUAUAUUAGGUGACUAUUUUAGAGCUAAUGAAUUUGCCGAUCAGUCUCCUGGAAACCUCAGUUCUUCAUCUCUGAGAAGAAAGCUCUUUUUAGAUGGGAAUGGAAGUAUUUCUGACUCCUUACCAUCAGCUUCACCUCGAAGUCCUCAUAGCAGUGCCCAAGCAUCUCUUGAGGUGUUUUAUUCAAUAGAUUUAUCUCCUGUACGGUGCAGGAGCCCUCUGCAGACCCCAGGCUCGGGGCAGUUUUCUUCCAGUCCUAUUCAAGGUAGUGCAAAAAAGUACAGUUUGGGAAGCGUAGCCAGUCCUUCAACUAUUUCUUCACCCACUUUCUCACCAAUAGAACUUCAAAUAGGAAAGACACCACUCUCAGAACAAAGGAAGUUUACCUUUCCUUCUCCUGAUGCCUCCUCUAGAAUACAUUCUAAUGGAAUUACUAACCCAUGUAUCAGAAGUCCUUAUAUAGAUGGCUGCUCACCAAUUAAAAAUUGGUCUCCUAUGAGACUGGAGAUGUGCAGAGGUGGGACUCCAUAUCGGGCCUCGCUGAUCCGGAUUCCUUUUGCUCUUGAGACGCACAGUGAAGAUGAGGAAGAUAAGGAGAAUGCUCCUUCUCCAGGCAUCUCGUCCCCAGUCGGGGAUGCUGUAGGACGACCCCUGCGGCAGUUGAUGAGUGACGCCGCACAUGGUGCACGCAUAGUGGUGACUGCCAUGUCUGUCACACAGCGUCAGCCUGGCGCUUCUGGGAGAGAACUUGCCCUGCAGGACGUUGAGAGCGAGAACAAUGAUACUGUGGACAUGGUUGAUCCUGUAGAGACAGCAGAUGAGCACACUUGGAUUAAGGAGCCAGCUGAUGAUGGGAGUUUGCCUGUGCCUGACUUUGUGAGCGGAAUUGCCUUUAGCAUUGAAAACUCUGAAAUGUGCAUGUCACCCCUUGCUGAAAGCAGUGUUCUUCCUUGUGAAAGCAGUAACAUGCAGAUGGAUAGUGGCUAUAAUACACAGACUGGUGGAAGCAAUAUUAUGGAUACUGUUGGAGCAGAAAGUUAUUGCAAAGAAAGUGAUGCACAAACCUUUGAAGUUGAGACUAAAUUUCAAGUUUGUAAUACAAAGUUUAUUAGGCACAGUGAACAUCAGCUUACGUGCAAUGAAACAUAAAUCUUGAAAUCAAGUUGAAAGACCUCCUUAUUUUUCCUGAGUUGGUACAUAUGCAUAUUUUAAUUUUAAUUCUUUUUUCAUCCCUUUCCCCUUGUUAUGUCCUGUUUGAAAUCACGGCAUUUUCUUUCCUAUAGUAAGACCACAGAACACAGGUGUGGGGUGAACAGCCCAAGUCCAUCUCAUUGCAGCGGUCCACAGAAUACCUCUGUCAGAAGCAGACUAUUGGUGAAGCUCCUCGCAUAUGUUUUUGCAAAGGAUCAAUAAUGUGAUGGUGACUGGAAAAAACUGCUUCAAGUAACAUCCUUAGCUUCUUUCUUUCCCUUAAUGUGAAAAAUCAAAGGCUUGGUGACAUAGAAACAACAGCAAAGCUCCUCCAACAUGAAGUUGCUACAAUACAACUCUACUUUUUAAUCAAUAAAUAUUUUUGUAUGUAUCUUGAGUAAUGAGUUUCACAAUAAAAAAUGUGACAGCUGAUGAUUUG